CCCAGCAGGCGGCAGCAGAGAAUUCUGUGCUGCUCACCCAGCCAUCUACCUUUUAUCCGCAUCUUCCUCCAGAGGCAGCCCCCGCCCGCGCCCCUAGACGGGGAGGCCGGUCAGAACCAUAGCAGCGUCCUCACAUGCACCGGGAGACAAGGCGCGUGCGACCUGUGGGUCGGUCGGUGGGUGGGGCGGGCGGCUUACGCAGAGCCUUUCUACCGUCCACAUGCCGGCAGUUGCUGGGGCGGCAAGCCUAGAGAAGAAGCCACUGCCUGUCUGUGGCCGUCUCUCAAACCUUCUCCUCCUCCUCUCUCUCCUCCACCCCUCUUGCGUGAAGCUCCAUUCAAAAGCACUAGAACACAGGCAGUCUCCCCCUCUCCCUCAAGUUCGUUGUUUCCUCAGCGACGCUGGCGGGGCUGGGUGUAUUACAAGGGAGAGAACAGGGAGAGAACCCGAAAGCGUGAUGGAGGUUGUGUCGGUGUGCGCGCGCCUGCCUGCCUAGGACAAGGGAGAUAACCCGUGGGUCUAAAGCCGCCGAGCCAAAGUCGUAAGGGGAUUGGGAAACCCUCCUCUUCUGCUUUCUCUCACCACCCCCGCCCCGCGUUCUCUAAGCGGAGUUGGAGCAGGAAGCUACAGUGGUGGCAGCCGUCGCCCUGCUUACAUUGAGAGACAGCGCCUGUCAGGCUUCUGGGCAGCGGCAGCCACCGCCAGCUCCCAUCUUCCUGCUUAUGUUGCUGUGCUGCAUUGGGAAUAAUCGCUCUCUCUGCCAUUGAAUGGAGGGAACUGAAGCUUUUGCAAGGGGAAUACCUGGCCGAGCUCUGAGAAGAGGCUUUUCUGCGGCUGCCUGAGGGGAAACGAACGAGGAGUGCUGUGAGGAGGAGAGGGGUGCAAAACACUCCAGCCUCCAAGAAUGAGCUGAGCUCCUUGCUUGCCUCUCUCUCUUUUCCCGCGUGGCUGGAUGGCUGAAGGGCUGAGCCCAGGCGGGUGGCAAACUUGGGAAGGCCGCCGAAUGCCUCUGGGAACUGCCGCGGCUCUCCCUGGCUUCCGGGACACCAUUCCCUCCCGCGCCGCUGUCGGCGGAGGCAUCUUUGCACAAAGGGAGUGAAAACUGCAAAGGCGAUUGCUGUCGGUGCUGGGGGUGCUGGGAACGCGGUCCUAAUGCCUGUCGCUUCUCGGGACGCGCCGGUGGCGGCGGCGGCUGCAGGCAGGAGCCCCCUGAGUCCUGUUCAGGCUUGCUUAGCUUCUCCCGGCAUCUGAUUGGAUACGGCCGGGCUCUGCGUGGGACAGCGGCGCUGUAGCGAGGGGUCUCGGACCAAAAAAAUGGGUUAUUGCAGCGGCAGGUGUACGCUGAUAUUUAUCUGUGGCAUGCAACUGGUAUGUGUGCUGGAGAGACAAAUAUUUGAUUUCCUUGGUUAUCAGUGGGCACCAAUCCUGGCAAAUUUUGUACACAUUAUUAUAGUCAUACUUGGCUUAUUUGGAACCAUCCAGUAUAGACCUCGCUACAUAACAGGAUACGCUGUCUGGUUAGUCCUCUGGAUUACAUGGAACAUAUUUGUUAUCUGCUUCUACUUGGAGGCUGGGGACCUAUCAAAGGAAACAGAUCUUAUACUGACCUUCAAUAUCUCAAUGCACCGUUCUUGGUGGAUGGAGAAUGGGCCAGGCUGCACAGUGACAUCUGUGACCCCAGCCCCAGACUGGGCACCAGAGGACCAUCGCUACAUCACUGUCUCAGGGUGUGUUCUUGAGUACCAAUAUAUAGAAGUGGCUCACAGUUCCUUACAGAUCAUUCUUGCACUGGCAGGAUUCAUCUAUGCCUGUUAUGUUGUGAAAUGUAUCACCGAAGAAGAGGACAGCUUUGAUUUCAUAGGUGGAUUUGACUCUUACGGCUAUCAAGGCCCACAGAAGACAUCUCAUUUACAACUACAGCCUAUGUAUAUGUCGAAGUAGACAAAAGCAAAGUCUGUGGUUGGGCUGAAGGACUGGUCAAAGAACAUAUUCCAGCAUGGCCUCCUGUGGGUGCAAAAGAAUGAAGAAGUCCUAACUCUUCUGUUUCAAUAUAUAAUUCAACAAGAAUGCUCAAACACAGAGGCCUCAUUUUCCCACAAGUAGAGCCCACAGGAUCCCUUCUAUCCCAUUUUGGAUUUUCCAAAUUCUUAUACAGAAGGUUCAGAAGGAGAAGCAGUGGUGCCAUCUUCUGGCCACCGUCUACUUUCUCCCCCCCACCCGCAGCUCCUGCCUCUGAAUUAGGAAACGUAUCUUAUCCAUUUUGGUUGUUUCUGAGGGUCUUUCAUAUUCUGUCUGGAGCUGUGUCUUCUUAGUCAAUAAACACUAAGGAUGCCAUGAUGACCUUGGAACAGACAAUAGUCAGCAAGUUGUUUGUCCUAAAGGCUGUAUAGUACAUACUUGCCUUAACCUAUCCUAAGUUACACAUCAGAGAAAUUCAAUGUGGACUUUCUGAAGUAACUUCCUUUAGGCUCAACCAUGCUGUUCAUUAAUUGUAAAAGAUUUCUAAGGCUGUGUCAGGUAAUAGACUCUGCUCCUCAGCAGUUGCCGAGUUGGCUGUGUAAGAAAACCACCCGCUGGCAGAGAAAAGAUGCUUUACUGUAAACCCUCCAGAUUGGCUGGGAUGCAAACAUUUUAAAAUACUUCUAAAAGAACUGGGCUCUUUGGGGAACUGGAAAAUGCCAGGAAAAAAGAAACUCUUACUAAAAGUAAUAACUGUAAAGAAAUAACAAAAACAGUGCUCCUUAACCACACUGUUU